AUGCAUUUCAUCCAAUUGAUCACCGUCGUGGGCUGCCACUGUGCCGGCGAGGUAGGCGAUGUCAUCGUCGGCGGCGUGCUCAAUCCCCCGGGCUGCUCCACCAUGUACGAAAAACUGGUCUACUUUCGAGAUCGAGCAGACCACAUUCGCCAGCAGAUGCUCAACGAGCCGCGGGGACGUCCGGCCAUGUGCAUGAAUCUCGUCCUGCCCCCGUGUGAUCCCCGAGCCGACGCUGGCUUCCUCAUCAUGGAAAGCGAGGAAUACCCCCCUAUGUCCGGCGGAAACACGAUCUGCACCGCCACCGUCUUGCUCGAGACGGGUAUGGUGAAGAUGGAAGAGCCGGUAACUACGAUUCUACUGGACACGGCAGCCGGUCCGGUCUCCUUCACGGCGGACUGUGAGAAUGGCAAGUGCAAGGCCGUCGCAUUUGAUAACGUUCCGUCCUUCGUCUUUGCCCUGGACUAUCCGGUGGACGUGCCCGGGGUGGGAACCGUCUGA